GCAAGAACCAUUACAAAACAUUCUUUCCCAUGGCGAAAACCAAACAUGUUCUGUCUCCCAAAGUUUCUCUCAUCCUUUUUAAUAUUUUCAUCGUAGCGGCCACUGCAGCCGCAAGCACCACCGCCGGUACCAAUGGUUUUGAUUCUCAGUCGUUCAAGAUCUCUCGUCCCUGGCCCUUCAAGAAGCUCAACAAACCGGUGGUUUUGAUGAUAUCUUGCGACGGUUUCCGGUUCGGUUACCAAUUUAAAACCGACACGCCAAACAUCGACCUUCUCAUUUCCAGAGGAACCGAAGCCAAACACGGUUUAAUCUCGGUUUUCCCCACCAUGACAUUCCCAAACCACUACUCUAUCGCAACCGGACUCUACCCAGCCUACCAUGGUAUAAUCAUGAAUAAGUUUACUGAUCCGGUUACGGGCGAGGUCUUCAACAAAGGCUUACAACCGAAAUGGUGGUUAGGUGAGCCGUUGUGGGUAACUGCGGCAAACCAAGGUCUCAAGGCUGUGACUUACUUCUGGCCAGGCUCUGAAGUUCCCAAAGGUUCUUGGACUUGCCCUGAAGGAUAUUGUCCACAUUUCAACCUUUCAAUUCCUUUAGAAGAAAGGGUUGAUUCGGUUUUGAGCCAUUUUGAUCGCCCCGAGGACGAAAUUCCUGAUUUGCUGAUGUUGUAUUUCGAUGAGCCGGACCAAUCCGGUCAUAACUAUGGUCCUGAUGAUCCUCGGGUUACUAUCGCGGUUUCGAGGGUUGAUAAAAUGAUUGGUAGGGUGAUAAAGGGACUAAAGAAGAGGGAGAUCUUUGAUGAGGUUCAUGUGAUAGUGCUUGGUGAUCACGGAAUGGUGACCAACUGUGAGUGUGACGAGAAAGCGAUUUACAUUGAUGACUUAGCGGAUUGGAUCAAGAUACCUUCGGCUUGGAUCCAGUCUUACAGUCCGGUGCUUGCAAUUAGUCCGCAAUGGGACAAAAAUGUCGAGAAUCAAGGUGAAAAGAACGCAGAAGUCGUGGCAAAGAUGAACGAAGCUUUGAGCUCAGGGAAAGUAAAAAACGGAGAGUUUUUGAAGGUUUACUUGAAGGAGAAGCUACCGGAAAGACUGCAUUAUUCCGAGAGUUAUCGGAUUCCACCGAUCAUAGGAAUGGUCGGAGAAGGUCUAAUAGUGAGAAAGAAUAGAACAAAUGCUCAAGUUUGUUACGGAGACCAUGGUUACGACAACCAGCUCUUCUCGAUGAGGACUAUUUUUGUCGGACAUGGUUCUAGGUUUAGUAGAGGAAAGAAAGUGCCAUCGUUCGAGAAUGUGCAGAUCUAUAAUGUCGUCGCGGAGAUUCUUGGACUCCGACCAGCUCCGAACAAUGGUUCUUCUUUGUUCCCUCGGAGCAUUCUCUUGCCUUUUGGAGCAACAAGGGAUUUAAAAUGAGGCAAAAAUCACUUAGCUCAUGAAUAAUAAUAACUAAUUAAGAUGAUAUAUGAAUGUCAAACCUAUAUCAUUUGUUUUUAAUUUUAUCUGGAAAUGAAGAAAAAUGUGACCCCUAAUGUUUUUUAUUCAACCAGGUUUCGUCUUGAAGCCACGAUAAUAAAACAAUUCGGCAUCUUCUGCUUUUAUUUUU